AUGAAGAAUUAUGCAUCACCCCCGCUAUAAUAAAGUGGUAGAGGGAGUAUUUAAGACAAUCCUUAUUAUAUGGAGUUAAAAUCCAAAAAAAGUAACUCCAGAAUUGCCAACACUGAAAGAACAAGCGGUAAAAACACUAAACAGGACUUGUUGGAAUACUUCAAAAAAGAGCGAAAUACUCUGACCUAAGUAACUAAUAGUAUUAAAACAUAACUUCAAUAAAAUCGAUCCAUCGAUAAUUUGAAUAGUCAGAAGAGUGAGCGAUUCAAAACUCUCAAUGCCCAAUAUCAGUAAAUUCCCUUGUCUUUGGAUCAAAGACUACACACAGAUGAAGGAAAUAACAUUAAACGAUAGCUUCUCAAAGGAAAGAAUCUGUCACUUGCCACAAUUCAGAUGGAAACAAAGUAGUAGAAGAUAAAUAACAAACAAAGCAAGGUGAAUCAAACUCCAUAAAGUGCUUAUAAGAUGCCAAAAUCGACAGUAGAUCAAUAUUUUCAAGACAUGCAAAUAAAAAGUGCAAAACAAUAUAAAAAUCAUCCGCAGAUGGAAUAUCAGCAGUAUUUCAAUAUCAGGCCCAUCAAAAACUCAUUGUUGCAAGAGUCUGAAACAUUAAAAUAAUCAAUUGAAUAUAUCUUGUCGAAAAAUAAGGGAGAUUCUAAAAAACAUGUUAAGAGAGUUGACUCAACUGAACCCCGUUCCAUCAAUCAAUCUACCCAAUAUAAGGGAGAAUCCACAAAAAAGAUUAACAGAGCUGAGGAAUCAAAUCAUUAUGACCCCAAGAAGUAAUUAAAAAUUGUAUUAUUUUAUAAGAAUUAAAAGUAAUUUGUUUUUAAUAUUUAGAUAUAAUUAUUUAUUUGAUUACCAAAACAAAACAACUGAUAACUUAUACAAUUACUUGAUCCAACAAAUAGGUUGCAUUGAAAAAUCAUUUGCUAAACAAGGUGGAGGGACAGGAUCAACAGAAGAAGAUCAAAUUUAAUAAGGUAAAUUCUAUAAUACUAGCAUUAGAAAUCAAUAAAAUAUGUCAAUUUUAUUGUGUCUAAAAGAAUGUCCCAUAUGAUUAUUAUUUAAGUCUUCCAAAUUUAUCAUUGCAUGUGUUUUAAGGAAUUACUCUACAAUUACAACCAUUAAUUGCUUAGUCUCCUUCAGGCAAAAGAGUUACUUUGAAAGAUUUUACACUUGUGAAAUGCAUAGGAGUAGGCGGAUUUUCGAGAGUGUAUUUAGUGAGAAAGAGAGACAAUGGGAAAUUUUAUGCACUUAAAUUGAUUGAUAAAAGUUUUAUCAUGGAAAAUCAAAAAGAAGUCAUUGUUUAAAAUGAAAGAGACAUAAUGGUUAAAAUGGAUAAUUAAUUCAUUACUCCAUUACAUUUUGCAUUUGAAACAAAAUAUUAUAUUGCCUUUGUUCUUGAUUAUUGUGCAGGGGGAGAAUUAUUCUUUCAUUUAAGAAAACUUAAAAGAUUGAGCGAGCAAGAUGCCAAAUAUUACUUUGUUGAAAUAUGUAUAGGAAUGGCAUAUCUACAUGCAUAAAAUAUUGUUUAUCGAGACAUUAAACCUGAGAACAUCUUAUUGGAUUUGCAAGGACAUCUCUUACUCAGUGAUUUUGGACUAAGCAAACCCAACAUGUCUCCAGAAGAUUUUGCAUAUUCUUUUUGCGGAUCCCCUGAAUAUAUGGCUCCAGAGAUGCUUCUAAAGAGCGGUCACAACUAUUUAGUUGAUUGUUAUUGCUUAGGAGCAUUGCUCUAUGAAUUAGUUACAGGAUUACCUCCAUUCUAUUCUCAUAAUACUCAAGAAAUUUACAAUUCAAUCUUGACUGAACAAGUAUUGUUUCCACCCUAUGUGUAAAUAUCAGACUUGUUAAAAGACUUGAUUUAUCAAUUGCUUGAGAAGGACCCUUCAUAGAGAAUAGGGUAGACUUAAGGAGUCAUUGAAAUCCUAACUCAUCCUUGGUUUGCUGAUGCUGAUUUUGAAGCUAUAGUUAAUAAGUCAAUCAAGCCCCCAUAUAAACCAGAGCCCUUAUAAUAUAACUUCGAUGAGGAAGAGUUCAAUAAAGGAGAUGUGGAAUUUAGAAAAUAAUACAAUGCAAACUUAUAAAAAGAAUAUGUAAUAUUGAAAUAUUACUUUAGUAUAAUGAGAAUUUUGGUCAUUGCAUUCUUCAAAACUUUUAUUAUUCCAGAGAAGAUCUGCCAGAAUCACCAGAACACAAGUCAAAAAGAUCAAAUGUUAUUGAUAUGACUCAGCUUCACUUCGAAGGUGUGCCUGAAGAAUAGAGUUCUCCAGAAAGAGUUGGAGUAUUGAAUCUAAUUAUUCAAUAGGUUUUCACAAAUGAUUUUAGAAGAGUAUAAAAGCAUUAAGGAAAAUCAGAUAUUCAGGAUUUCAUAAAAAGAAAUGAACAAAAUAAUAAUAAAUCAUCUUCUCUAAUUUCAUCUUCAAAAAUAAAUCAUGCUUAUUCCAAAACCAUGCAGCAACAACAUUCGCAUCCUGAUUUACAAGUAUUCUUUUAUUUAUCAAAUCUAGACUCUCAGAUUGUUGAUCGAUUCUACUAAAAUGUAACUCAGUUCUGAGAGAACACCCACUUUGCCUGAAAAUCAAAGUUUAAAGUUCUAAAACAAUCGAAUUAAGACUGAACAAAUCUCUUAGAUGUUAUAUCCUAAAACAACUACCAAUUAUUAGUUUAACAAAUAAACCAAUCUAUAGAAAUUGUUUGGAUCUGAUAAAAGAAAAAAAUGAAUUAAUUUU